CCGGAAUUAGACCCUAGAAUGUGGGUCAGCGAAAAGAUUGCUUAAACACCGAGCCUAGAGAAUACCUUGAACAGAGUAAUCUGUGCAGAGAUUCUGAGAGAGAGUUACGAGUAUAGAAAGCAUAGACGCUAACGUACUAAUUCCUCUCUCUCACAGACGCAGAGAGUGUAAUUCGACUUGAAAACAAUGGCGUUCGGCGGCCGUACUUUUACAGCGGAUGACAUAGUAGAAAAAUCUCCGAACGAUAAGCGUUUGUACAGAUACAUUCAACUCCCUAAUGGUCUCUGUGCUCUUCUUGUUCACGAUCCUGAUAUCUACCCGGAUGGACUUCCAGAACAUUCUGGGAACUGUGAAAACAACGAAGCCGAAGAAGAUGAAGGAAGUGAAGACGAAGAGGAUGAGGAAACAGAGGAUAGCGAAGAAGGAGAAGAAGAAAGUGAUGACGCUGAUGAAGAAGAAAGUGAAGUUAGAGAUGUAGAGAGUAAAAGAGCUUCACAGAAAAAGGCAGCCGCUGCAAUGUGUGUAAGAACGGGCAGUUUCUCUGAUCCUUAUGAUGCUCAGGGUCUUGCACAUUUUCUUGAACACAUGCUAUUCAUGGGAAGCACUGAUUUUCCUGAUGAAAAUGAGUAUGAUAGUUACUUGUCCAAGCAUGGAGGGUGUUCAAAUGCAUACACAGAAACAGAACACACCUGCUACCAUUUUGAAGUUAAGAGGGAUUGCCUUAAGGGUGCCCUGAGAAGGUUUUCUCAGUUUUUUGUUUCACCUUUGGUUAAAGCUGAAGCCAUGGAACGGGAGGUACUAGCGGUGGACUCGGAAUUUAAUCAGGUCUUACAAAAUGAUUCCUGCCGCCUGCAACAACUACAGUGCCAUACAUCUAAUCCUGGCCAUCCCUUUAAUCGGUUCUUUUGGGGGAAUAAGAAGAGCCUUGCUGAUGCAGUGCAGAAAGGAGUUAAUUUGAGGGAACAAAUUCUAAGACUAUACCAUGACAAUUAUCGUGGUGGAUCCAUGAAACUGGCUGUUAUAGGGGGAGAGUCCCUAGAUAUCCUUGAAAGUUGGGUUCUCGAAUUAUUUAGCAGUGUCAAGAAAGGCCCUUUGGUAAAUCUAGAUGGAGGAAGUGAACUUCCAAUUUGGAAGGUUGGCAAACUUUAUUGGUUAAAGGCAGUUAAAGAUGUUCAUAUCCUUGAUUUAUCAUGGACGCUGCCUUCUCUUCGCAAAGGGUACUUGAAGAAAGCUGAAGAUUACCUGGCUCAUCUACUGGGGCAUGAAGGAAAAGGGUCCUUGCUUUUCUUCCUAAAGGCUAGAGGCUGGGUAACAUCAAUAACUGCUGGUGUUGGUGAUGAAGGAAUGCAUCGCUCUUCAUUCGCAUACAUAUUUGGCAUGUCAAUACAUCUCACUGAUUUUGGCUUGCAAAAGAUAUUUGAGAUCAUUGGCUUUGUCUAUCAAUACCUCAAGCUCCUGCAUCAAAAUUCUCCUCAAGAGUGGAUAUUCAAGGAACUUCAGGAUAUUGCAAAUGUAGAAUUUAGAUAUGCGGAGGAGCAACCUCAAGAUGAUUAUGCUGCAGAACUUGCUGAGGGUUUACUUGUUUAUCCUCCCAAGCAUGUCAUUUAUGGUGACUACGCAUAUGAUGUUUGGGAUGCGGAGUUCAUAAAGUAUGUUUUGGAUUUCUUCAGGCCUGAGAACAUGAGAGUUGACGUUGUAUCGAAGGCUUAUCAGAAGUCAGAUGGCACAGGAACAAAGGAGGCUUAUGAGCAAGAUGUCAUGGUUGAAGAAGCAUUAGCAGCCAGCCACAAAACUCAAAAUGUUCAGCAGGAACCAUGGUUUGGAUCACAAUAUGUGGAAAAGGAUAUUCCAUCUUCUCUAUUUGAGUUAUGGAAGGACCCUACAGAAAUUAAUGUCUGCUUACAUCUUCCUGCGAAGAAUGAGUUUGUUCCAUCUGAUUUUUCAAUACGUGCUGGGAAGGCUAAGUGUGACUCGGAAAAUGCAAGACCAAGAUGCAUACUUGAUGAACCGCUGAUGAAGAUCUGGUACAAGCUGGAUAACACGUUUAAGCUUCCUCGUGCCAAUACAUAUUUCCGUAUUACACUAAGAGGAGGAUACAGUAAUUUGAAGAACGCUUUGCUGACUGAAUUAUUUAUUCACCUUCUAAAAGAUGAGCUGAAUGAGAUUAUAUAUCAGGCUAGUGUGGCGAAACUGGAAACUUCUGUUUCUCUAUAUGGUGACAAGUUGGAACUUAAGGUCUAUGGUUUCAAUGAUAAGCUUCCAGUUCUUUUAUCAAAGGUUUUGGCAAUAACAAAAUCAUUUUCGCCAAGGGAUGAUCGCUUCAUGGUUAUCAAGGAAGACAUGGUAAGAACUUUGAAGAACACCAACAUGAAGCCCUUGAAUCAUUCAUCAUACCUGCGACUGCAAGUCUUGUGUCAGAGCUUCUGGGACGUGGAAGAGAAGUUGUUUGUGUUAAAUGAUUUUACUCUUGCUGAUGUGAAAACCUUCAUUCCAGAGCUUCUUUCCCAGCUGUAUAUUGAGGGACUUUGCCAUGGCAAUUUGCUGGAGGAAGAAGCACUCAACAUAUCAAAAAUAUUUAGAAGUAAUUUCUCUGUGCAACCGCUACCAUUUGAGAUGAGGCAUAAAGAGUAUGUUAUGUGUCUUCCAACCGCUGUUGAUCUAGUCAGAGAUGUCAGAGUAAAAAAUAAACUGGAAACGAACUCUGUGGUUGAGCUGUAUUUUCAGAUUGAACCUGAAGAAGGCACUGCAUUGAUAAAAUUGAAAGCAGUAAUAGAUCUCUUUGAUGAACUUGUGGAGGAGCCACUUUUUAAUCAGCUAAGGACAAAGGAGCAGCUUGGUUAUGUUGUUGACUGUAGUGCACGUGUAACAUAUCGCAUAAUGGGGUUCUGUUUCCGUGUUCAGUCAUCUGACUAUGAUCCUUUCUACUUACAAGGGAGGAUUGACAACUUCAUAAAUGGUGUCGAAGAAUUGCUGGACGGCCUUGAUGAUAAAUCUUUUGAGAGCUACAGAAGUGGGUUGAUAGCUAAACUUUUGGAGAAAGAUCCAUCGCUCACAUAUGAAACUAAUCGCUUUUGGGGUCAGAUCACUGAUAAAAGGUACAUGUUUGACAUGUCUGAGAAAGAAGCAGAGGAGCUGCGGAGCAUCCAGAAAAGUGAUUUAAUUGAGUGGUACCUCACCUAUUUAAGACAACCAUCUCCCAAGUGCCGGAGACUCUCUGUUCGUGUGUGGGGUUGCAACACUGACUGGAAAGAUGCUGAUUCAUCUGUAGCAUCUGCUCAGGUCAUCAAAGAUGUUACUUCAUUCAAGAAGUCAGCCAAGUUUUAUCCAAGCCUAUGUUGAGAAUUAUAAAAUCCUGUAUUAUUAGUGAAAUUCGAGUGGCUAAUUCUGAAGCAGCUACUUUCGAAGUAACAGAAAGAAAAGCAACGACUGUAGUGGGAGAGUUGGAUUCUAAAACAGGAUUCCUCAUGUUGGCUAGACAUCUAUAGUCUUGAGGUCUUCAUUGACUCAAUUUAGCAAAGCUUUCAAUAAAUAACUGCAUUCAUAGGUGGAAGGUUGUAGUUGCAUCUUGUAAGGUAUGUAGCCUUGUUUCUUGGGAUUAUUUGUAUUCAAGAUCAGAUGAUAUGUCAGUGUGGACAUUAGUCCCAACUCCCUAUCUUGAGUUUGUCUUGGUAAAUUGUUUAGCUGAUAGUUGAACAAUGUUAUUCAGUGGAUUAACCAUCCAUAUAAUGCUUGCUACCUUUUCAAUUGUGUGAUAGUUUUGUAAUGUUAUUGCAUUCAGGAGAGGAUGAGAACAAAGUCUGAGAUAUCUGACUGCAUUCCAUUUUUGUUUUGGGAAAAGGAUUGAUGAUAUACAACCA